CCUUUUUGGUCUGAACACACCCUUUGUACCUCCAUGGUACCGAGAGGAGCAAGGGAGAUGGUACUGCCAGCCUUCCCUGGGAAACUUGCACCCUGAGCCCAGCUCCUAUUUGCAGAGCCUUCCGCAAACAGCCUUGUCAAUUAUUAAUUAGGGAGCUGGGAGCCAGGAAAGUGAGACCUGAGAAGGGAGGAGAGACAGAGGCAACGAGAGUACAGAGAGUACAGAGAGUACAGAGAGGCACAGAGAGGCACAGGGACUGGUCGGACAGCAGGAGUCAUCCUAAAGGGGGAAAAGUUGGGAGAGAAUCAUCCCCAGAGGAAAGUGCGGAGGGGCAAGAAAAUGAGAAGCAGGAAGAGGGUCUCUCUGGGGUAGAAGAGACAGGGGAACCAAACUACUGAGGGAACCGAUGAGAAAGAGAGACCGGAAAGACACAAAGAGACACUCACCAUCCCACCGUGCAGGAACAGCCGGAUACAAGCCUGGGCCCGGGAUCUAUGGCUACAGGGGUGGAGUUUGAGGUUUUCCGAAUCGAAGGCAGCAGCGACCAUGAGCAAAGGAACGGGCCUGGAGAAUCCUCUUCUACCUCCACUGGGCUGGGCCUGAGGGCAAACCCCCCCUGCCCAGGAAUGUACCAGCCCCCCAGGAACAGCCAACCCAAGAACCCUACAGAGGAGCCCAAGGGAAUAGAGAACAAUGGCUUUGUUGGGGACCCCCCACCCUACUCCCCGCCGGAUCCAAAGAUUGCCCACCUGCUGUACCCAGCCUAUCAGAGCAAUUUCUCAGGCCAAAUGCCCGUAUUAUACCAGCCGGGGCACGGACAGAGCAUGUACAGUUCCCAGCACCAACUGACCCCGGGAUCCUACCCCUACAUCAUAAGUGAUGGAUCCUUAGGCAUGCCCCCCCCGCCCCCUGAAGUGAGGACCAAAGAUUAUAUGGUGGAGUCCAUACUCGUCAUGAUCUUCUGCUGCUUCCUGACGGGGAUAAUUGCUGUAGUCUAUUCCCAUGAGGCACGGACGGCUCUGGGCAGGGGGGACCUACUCCUGGCACAGGUUGCCUCCCGCAAAGCCCGCUCCCUGGUUCUGUUCAGCCUGCUGUUCGGGGUCUUUGUGUCUAUCAGUUGGAUUAUUUAUGUAGUCGUGGCCAUUUUCCUGUGAGGAACUACAAAAGCUGGGACGUGACAGACGGAGUGUGACUAUGCAAGGCUGGACAUACAGAAGCCUCACUCGGUGCCCUACACAGCGGCGGGCAGAGACUGAAUGAGUUGGUGCCAGCCUAUCCCGCUGCCGGGGGCAUAACCCUAUGUAUAUUUAUCUGUACAGAGAGCAUUUAGCAGAAAUAAAGUGUAACUGUUCGGUUUUUCCUAAACCCAAAA